AUGCAGGACAGAUGUUUGAGGAGCUUGGCCACACAUUUGGAAGCUGCCCCCGAUGAGUUCAUCAUGGCACGAUUUACCCUGCAACAGAUCUUGGAUGAUUUGCUUGGUCCCUUGAGACGUGCAGAUUCAUCGGAGAUUGUUGAGAUCUUCUAUGAGUGUGCAAACCUGGUGCUGGACAUUGUUGACAGCCGCGGGAUUUUCGCUUCGUGCUAUGCCAUUGUCACUCCUUCGCUGGCUGCAUCUGCCUUACAGGGACUGCUGGAAGCUGUAGGGCAACACAGAGGAGGGCUGCAGGAAAAGAUGCUCCAGAGGUUGAGCAAAGAGUUCUGCCGGAAAGUUGGGGAACAUCCAUGCCUUCACCAGCCCUUCAGCAGCUGGAUGCAAUGGACGGAAGAACAGAUGGAUCCAGACACCAGCAGCCUGCCCUACCUCUUAUACUUUGCCUGGCGCGGUUCCGGCACUGCCCUCUUGGGGCUGCAACUGGGGCAAGGGAAGCAUUUGCAGGACUUGCGACGGAAUGCUGCACAGGAGAGGGUGAAGCUGGUGAAACUGGUGAAGGGGUUCAGGUGCAGGAGCAUGGGCAGAGCAGUGUCCAGCAACUUCAACGUCUUCUCGGCCGUCCGGCGCGCUGUGCGACAUCAGCACUUGCUCGAUGACUUGGCACAGGAUGUGGCGCGUGGCAAGCUGCGCGGAGCCGAGGUGCAGCAGUUCCUGGUGUUGUUUUCGGAGGGCGAGGAAGCAGAAUGGAUGAUGUUUCUGAACGCCCUGGUGCACCAAGCAGGAUCCACUGCCGCGGCUGGGAAGGCCUUGCAGGAGCUGCUCCAAAGGGCGGGCGCCGCGGGCGCCCCGGUGGACUCUGCACUGGGCUGGGCCAAGGCCUUGUCGAAGCCGGAACGUGCCGGAGGCGCGCGGAGCGCGCAGACCGCGUCUGUGGGCCGUGAGGUCCCGGAGAAGACCCUUGGGAGGACUUUUUAUGGUUGCCGGGUUGCCGAUGGAACCAAUGGCUUUCAGCCCCAAAAACGACAGCCUCCGGAAAUCCAGGACCUGCCCGUGUCGAGCAUGCCCGGCUUCGAGCAUGAGCGCGAGCGGCGUCGACGGCAGGACCAGGAACGAGAGCGCGAGGAUCAGAUGUGUGCCUCCCGAGGGGACAGUCGCUGCUGUCCGAAUUGUGGCAAGGUCAUUGAGAAGAAUGGAGGUUGCGAUGAGAUGACCUGCGGUGCCCAUGCGCACACCCAAGUGCAGCACCGCGAAGGUUGUGGCCACACCUUUCACUGGAGCCAGGCUCCACCAUACCGACCCAGACUGGCAGAGCAGCGACAACCACCGGGAUUCUCUGCCAUAUUGGCCUGGGUGCUUUCAGAGCAGGACUUCCAGUCUCCGCACGCGGCAGCUGCAGCUGAAGUGGCAUUGCACGGCCUUAGUCCUGAAGAUCGGCGCUACGCCUGCGCCAACGCCUGCGCCUGCGCCUUCAUCAAGCAGAAUCAAACUCAACCAGGGCUGGCCACGGCCCUGACGGCACCAAACUGCCAGAGGUUACGCGACAGUCUGGGAUUCCAAGAGCAGCGUUUGGCACGUGUGGUCGCCGCCUUCUGUGACCCACAGCAACUGCCAAGCUCGGACUCCUUGGUGGCAGCGGUGUUUCUUGGGCGUGAUGACUGGGAGCAAGUGGCUGGAAACAAUGAAACUCAAGCCCAGCGAUUGAAGAAUGCCAUAGUGAACCUCUUGGUCGCAAUUUUGGGAGCUCCAGACAACAACCAUUUGAUGCUGCUGUUACUGGAGCCUAGGGCCAUGUUGCAGAGCUUCCCCGUGGGCUUUUGCUUUGGUGCUAUGCCGGGCCCGGAAGGCUAUCACUUUGACUGCGGAUGUGUCUUAGAUGUGCACGGCAGGGCAACCCGCAACAGGGCGCCCCUGAACAACUCCCACCUGCACUUCGUGAACUUUUGCUCAUGGAGUGUCAUGGCCAUAGGCCUUUGGAUCUUUCCUGAGAACUGCCACGACAUUGGGCAGGUGUUGACGGAACGGCACAUCCGCGAAGUGGAUGGAGGCAGAAGGGCGGCCUGUUUGGCUGACAGCGCGAGGAGCUUUGCCAUGAAUUACGCCCUACAGAACUUUGAGUGCGUGUGCCGACACCAGGGACACACUGAGGAAGACCGCUCCUUGGCUUGUGCUCAUCUCUUCCAACGCUUCCGCCAGCGUGCCGUGAACGCUCCCGCGGAGUUUGCGCGCAGCUUCCCGACCGCUGAAGCACGACAGAGGUAUGAGGAGAUUUGGCGCGUGAUGAUCGAUGAAAUCGUCCAGGAGUUACCUCAGUUGAGGAGUCAAGCAGACCAAGAUUCAGAGGCUCAAGAUCAGCUCAAGAGACUGCAGGAGUUCAGGUCAUCCUUGAGUUACAUGCAGCACUUCUUCCAUGACUAUGAGAAGUGUACCCUGGCGCUUCCUGUGGUGCCAGAACUGAAAUUCGUGGCGGACCUGGUGAAUCGAAAGGAAGAGCUCGCACACUUGCCUUUGCUGGGGCAUUUCGUUCGUCUACGAAACUGGAUCUUCGACCGUCUGGAUGGAGCCCUGCCCAAGGAAUAUUUGAAGGAGCCGCUGAAAGUCCUUCUGAAGAGAGCCAUGCAAAAAGAUGAGAAGAUGAACCAUCGUAGCAAAAAGAUUCAAUGUGAUGCGACCCUUCGCUCGCUGAAACUCUUCAUCGACAGUUGGAGGGCCUUCUAUGACGUAAAUCAAGGUGCCAUCCCGGUGGAAUGCCAGGCCGGGCGCGCAGCCAUGGGAUUGGAGGCUCAAGAGACGCGCCUGGAAAAGAUUGGGCACGGAGAGCUCCCAUUGAGCUUCUUCUUGAGCUCACAGCCCGAAAUGGUGGCGAAGUUCUUAUGCAAUAGUUGGAACGAACUGGUUGACGCGGCGGCUUUGGCCCUCAAUCAACUUGGGACGAACCAUGCCACCAAUUGGGCAGCACAAAUGCAGAAGGCUGCCCCUGUCAGCUUGGCGGAUCUUUUCUUCCAAGAGCACUUGGUGGAAACCUUGCAGAGCCGUGCCCUGCAGCGCUCAGUGCUGCGGAACUUGUGCCCCUCUGAGCCCAGGGUUCCGCGGGUGCGGUGGACUGCGGUGCAGUUGGAGAUGUUGAGCAGCAGCUGGAUUCAUCGGAUCCAAAAGUUGGAUUUUCCGGAAAUGGAGGAGUUCAAGUCAGCCAUCGAAGACUCUUCGAGUUUCACCACGGCACUCAGCGACGAGAAGCGUGAAGAGGUCUUGGACAAGUUGGCCAGGAUGCACUUGGCCGAGCUUCAGGUCAGUCGUGACUGGCUAAGGCAGAUCCAAGCACGACUCAGUGCUUCUGAAGCCUCCGCCCUGAUUUUGGAACACCCGGAUGUCAGAGAUCAAUGGUCAGGUAUUCCGCAAGCUGCUUUGGAGAUCCUGGAAGGCAUUCCGAUUGCAGCUCUACCCCAGUUGCUUCGGCUCUUAGAGGAGGAGAACGGUGACUUCGGACAUCACCUCUCUCCGUUGCUGAAGGAGCCGGUCGCGCCCUGCGACCUGAAUGGCAUUUUGGAGGAUUUCACUUCGUCCAAAGCUUGCGAGCUGGCGAAGAGAGAUGCCUUGCUGAGGGAGACCAUCAGUAACCUGGAGAACCAACCUUUCUGCGAACAUGCCAUGAAGUGUGUCUCGGAGCCACUGUUGAAGAUGUACAUGGAAGUCUACAUGUACAAGCCGGAUGAAACUCCUCUGGGUGGACUUCCAGAGCGCAUCAGAGGGUGUCACUUGCUGGCCGUCUUGCAAAGCUUGCGCAGCGGUCUUCGCGAAGUGCGGCGUCGAAAAGCUGAGCUGGAUCAAGGCUGGGAUGACGUGCAGCUGCUGGAAACGUUGGGUGAACGCACCGCUUGGGACCCACAGCAAGGUCUACAGGCGCUGCCUGAAUGGGUGCUGGCAGAGGCCAAAAUGGGAGAAGCUUCAGCCGCUGUCCCCUGGUGGGAAGCCGCGCUUGAGGAGGUGCCGGAGGUCAGUCCCGCCGCGCAUGCUGAGAUGGGAAGCCUCUGGAGUUUGGAUCUGAACGUUCUCAGCUUCAUGUGUUGGGCUUGCCACGUGGAUUCGGUGGAUCCGUCGGAUGCAUAUCUCCAGCACUUGGCCGGGACCUCGGCAGCCAAAGUGCUGAGCUUCUGCGGAUGGAACCAGGACACAGUGGAUCACCAGGAGUGCCUGAACCGCUUCCUGAACAGCUAUGAAAAGCAGAUGAUGGCAUCAAGGACAAAGGAAGGCAGUUCUGCUUGGCAACGAUCUCUGUCCGCCGUACAACUUAUACCUCUUAAGACUCUGCUUGACUACAAGGACUUGGAUUUUGAAGCAGUGAGUCAAGAGCUGUGGCAAAUUGCUACAUCUGCGUCACCAUCGCAAGGCCAGUGGAGUCCAGAGCCGCUUCUGAAGCACCUCUGGCGGCGCUUUCUGGACUCCUUCGUCCUCCAAAGCAGCCCAGAGUUGGAGGAUGCUGUCAGCCGCGUCCUUGGCGCGAUGCCAAAGAUGGUGAACGUGCCAAGGGAAGCGGCGGAUCUGGCCCUAUCUGGGCAAGACAUCAUCUUGAAGUAUCGCGAUCAGUAUUUUGAGGUGAAAUCGGUGAGUCCCGCAGAGCCAUCAACGGCAGAGGUGCAGUGCAAGGCUGCGGUGGGCAGCGCCAAAAUCCAACGCGUGUGGAGAGCAUGGCGUGUGCGACAGGCCCUUAAAGAGACCAACAGCAGUACUUUCGCAGCAGCACUUCGAUCUCCAAAGGAGAUGGAGGCGGACGAGCAAGAGACAUUGGAGUCAUCGAAGGUCAGUGAGAACGUGGAGACUGAAGAUCAUGAAGUGCAUGGAGUGAAGACGAAGACGGUCGAGCCGCCACACGUGGACCAGGCCCAGGCAACCCCUAUGUCCAAUGGCUACCCUGCAGCGGCCACAGUGAGUGCGCCCAUGGGGCAGGUACCUUCAGUGGAACCGGUUGAACAAUCUUCAGAGAUGGAGGAGACCCGAAGCGUUCGAAGUCUCGUGAGUCUGGUGGCGAGCCAAAGUUCGUUUCGCUUGGGGGCAGGUGAUGCCAUCACGGCCUGGCACCGCUUCACGUUGACCCCGGAGCUCCUGGCCGACACCAGCUAUUUCCGAACCAUGGCCGAAGUCGAAGGCAACCGAAAGUGGGAGGAUCACUUCGUGGCUGCGAUGGGAAAGCUACCAGAGGGUCCAGUGGGAUGGGCCAGUACGUUGUUGAAGGAGUGCAUCCACAUCAAGAAGGCACUCCGGCGGCAGACUCCCCCGCCGGUCUCAAGCCUCACGGAGCAUGAGCUGUAUGCCCUGCUGUGCUACACCAUGGAGCUCAGGAAGAAGUGGAAGCAAGCUGAUGUGAAGAUGAACUUUGCGGCGAAAGUCUCGGCCUUGGUGCUACAUGAGCUUGAAGAUGUGGAGAUGACGAUUUGCACUCAGCAUUUUAAGAAAGCACUUGAGAAGUGCCAACCAGUGACGCUUCAACCUCCGAGCUUGUUUUGUGUAAUGAUGAACGAAUGCCUGGAGCAGAUUCACGAGUUUUCUGUCGGAGAGGAGGUGUACUGGCCCACCUACACCAGCUGGAGCAGUAGCAAGGAGCCCAUACUGCAAGCUGCUCACGCCUUGGGUGGCUUUGUAGUGCAACUUGAUGCACCACGAAGUGCCAGUGAUAUCUCAGUCUUUCGCUCUGCCCCCCGGGAAGCACCUCCUGAAUUCGUGCUGCCCGUGAAUACGGCCCUGCGGGUGAAGAUGGUGGCCACAGAUGCAGGAGAAACUCAAGUGGUUUUGCUGCUGGAGGAAGUGGACGAUGAAGAUUGAGAGCGAGAAAAGAUCUGGAUAACUUAUUAAGGAACUAAAAUGGCCGACCGGGUC